GCAAAUAGAGAUCCCUUUCAACUGGAUCGAACUACACUCCUUUCCAAAUCUGACUCCCUUUUUUAACUUUUCAUUUCUAAACACUGCCCUCUCGCAGAGACACACACAAACACGAUACGCCUUAAAACUUGGAAUCACAUUCAUUAUUAAAUUUAUCUUCAACCUUAUACUAAUCGAGUAAAAUUUUAAAGUACGGAAAAUCGAAAUGAAGGAUGACGAUUCUCUCCCGACAUCGACGAUAGCAGCAACCACUACAACAAGCGCAACAAAUUCAAAGAAGGAAAGUUCAGAUUCUAGCGUUUUUGGGAAAGGUCGUUACAAGUUUUGGGCAUUAGCCGCGAUUUUGCUAUUGGCAUUUUGGUCAAUGUUCACUGGAACCGUCACGCUUCGGUGGUCAGCCGGCAAUCUCAACCGUCUGUCAGACGACAUUGACGCUCCUAUUCACGACGAUCUCGAUGUCCUAGAAAUGGAAGAGAGGGAAAGGGUGGUGAAGCACAUGUGGGAUGUAUACACUAAUAGCCAUCGGAUCAGAUUACCCAGAUUUUGGCAGGAGGCUUUUGAAGCUGCCUAUGAGGAUUUGACCAGCGAUGUCCCUGGUAUUAAAGACGCUGCCAUUUCUGAGAUCGCUAAGAUGUCUGUCCGUUCCAUUAUUCUCGAUCCUCCUCCUGUCCAAUCCACGAGUGCUCGAGAAUUAAGUAAGAGUUUGAAGUUAGUAGGUAAAGAUGGGGCUGCCAGGACUUCAAAAGGGAGCGGUAAAUGAGGUGAACAUCAAGAACCAUAUGCUUGGAAUCUGCAUUAUCAUUUUGUAAUAGCAUGCAACUGCUCUUGUGCUGCCACUAUCUGUGACCUGUAGUGAAGGUAACCAUACUCAGUUCUUCACAAUUUCAUAACCGGGACAAAGUAUGUAUCUAGUUAGGUUCUCAUCUUCCAAGUUUUUGCACAAGAUCCCCUUAUCUGUGGUUCUGAAACAACCUUUUUCAGUAGAUGAAUUCAGUGAGAAAUUUUUGACAAGAUUUCUUUCAUGAUAUGAAAAGUGAGAAAAAUUAUUGUGAUACUUUA